AUGCCCCAGAGCCCCGAAUCAAGUGCGGAGGAGGAGCACCUCUCCCAGUGCCCCGAGGGGGAGUCGGGCUCGGAGAGCUCCCGCGAGGGGGCCAGCCCCCCGGCCAGCCCUGCUAACCCGGGCCAUAAUCACUCCAUGUCAGUACCUGAAGACGCCCACUUCAGUAUGAUGGUCUUCCGAAUCGGCAUUUCUGCACCAGACGGUCUCAACCCCCUGUCCCGUUUUCAGAAAUGCCUUCGUUUCAACCCCGAUGCAGCCAUCUGGGUGGCAAAGCAACAGAUUCUCUGCACCCUCAACGAAAGCCUCAAGGACGUGCUGAACUAUGGGCUUUUCCAGCCAGCCACCAACGGGCGAGAUGCCAAGUUCCUGGAUGAAGAACGCCUCUUGCGCGAAUACCCACAGAGUUUCGAGAAGGGAGUGCCCUAUCUGGAGUUCCGCUACAAGACCCGAGUUUACAAACAGACCAACCUGGAUGAGAAACAGCUUGCAAAACUCCACACUAAGGGCUGUCACUGGCAAAUCUUUCCCCAGACGGGGCUGAAGAAGUUCCUAGAGUACGUCCAACAUGGAGCAGCUGAGAAAGUGGCACGGCUUCUGGAUAAAGGGCUUGACCCCAACUAUCAUGACUCUGACACUGGGGAAACACCUUUGACGUUAGCAGCGCAGUUGGAUGGAACGAUCGAUGUGAUUCGGUUGCUGUGCCUUGGUGGUGCCCACAUAGAUUUUCGGGCAAGGGAUGGAGCCACCGCACUGCACAAAGCUGUGUGCUCACACCACUAUGCAGCCCUCAUGGCACUCUUGGAUUUGGGGGGCUCCCCCAAUUACAAGGACCGCCGUGGGCUGACUCCGCUCUACCACACAGCCAUGGUUGGAGGGGACCCACGCUGCUGCGAGCUUCUGCUCUACAAUCGGGCCUAUAUCGGCACUACUGACGAGAACGGGUGGCAGGAGAUACACCAGGCUUGCCAACAUGGACAUUCCCAACACUUGGAGCACCUGCUCUUCUAUGGUGCUGAGCCAGGGGCACAGAAUGCAUCUGGGAAUACAGCACUACAUAUCUGCGCACUCUACAAUAAGGAGAGCUGUGCCCGUAUCCUGCUAUACCGGGGAGCUAACAAAGAAAUCAAGAACAACCAUGGUCAGACGGCCUUCCAGGUGGCGGUCAUUGCAGGAAACUUUGAGCUGGGGGAGCUGAUCAAGAGCCACCGGGACUCAGAUGUAGUCCCAUUCCAGGAGACCCCGCAAUAUGCCAGCCGACGCCGGGAUGGGUCUCAGAGCCUGACAGUGCCACACACCUUGCUACGGGCCAACAGUGAUACCAGCAUGAACCUUCCCGACUGGAUGCUUUAUGCCCCCCCAUCCACGCCGUCUGCCACCGUGGCAGUACAAGGCCAGAAGAUCACCACGGGGACCUUGCGUAGUUCUAGCAGUCCCCGUGGAGCUCGAAGCCGCUCUCCAUCACGGGGACGCCACACAGAUGAAGCCAAAAAACAACGAGGUCGGCCCAGCUCCAGUGGCUACCAGAAGGAGUCAGCUGGGGGCAGCACGCUGAGUAGCCGGGGGGUGAAGCGGAAACUCUAUUCGGCUGUGCCUGGCCGCACGUUCAUGGCUGUGAAACCGUACCAGGCCCAGGCCGAGGGUGAGCUCUCCAUCAGCAAGGGCGAGAAGAUCAAGGUGCUGAGCGUCGGGGAAGGUGGCUUCUGGGAGGGACAGAUCAAGAAUCGCGUGGGAUGGUUCCCCUCGGACUGCGUGGAGGAAGUGGCCAACAAAUCACAGGAAGGGAAACAAGAGAGCCGCAGCGACAAAGCCAAACGGCUCUUCCGACACUACCCAGUGGGCUCCUACGACAGCUUUGAUGCCCCCAGUGACUACAUCAUUAAAGAGAAGACGGUGCUGCUGCAGAAGAAGGACAACGAAGGAUUUGGCUUUGUGCUGAGAGGGGCCAAGGCGCAGACCCCCAUUGAGGAGUUCACACCCACUCCCGCCUUCCCUGCCCUGCAAUACCUGGAGUCGGUGGAUGAAGGAGGCGUGGCCUGGCGUGCAGGUCUACGUAUGGGAGACUUCCUCAUUGAGGUCAACGGGCAGAACGUGGUAAAGGUUGGUCACCGGCAGGUCGUCAACAUGAUUCGACAGGGUGGCAACAACUUGAUGGUGAAGGUUGUCAUGGUAACACGAAACCCGGAGAUGGAGGAAGCCAUGAGGAAGAAAGCUGCACCACAGCAAACACGGCGGCUACCCCCACCAGCCAUCUCCUUGCGCUCCAAAUCGAUGACAUCUGAGCUGGAGGAAAUGGUGGAGAAAGUCUCCCCCUGGAAGAAGAAAGCAGAUUACGAGCCAGCGAUGGGCCCUGACAAGAAACGAACAGUCUAUCAGAUGGCUUUGAACAAACUGGAUGAGAUACUGGCUGCGGCUCAACAGACCAUCAGCGUAGGCGAUGGAAGCGGAGGGCUUCCUUCCUUGGGGAAGUCCCGGGGUGCUGCCAAGAAUUACUUCUCCUCCGAGCCUAGUUUCGAACAGCACCGCCUCAGCCAACCCAGUUACGAGCGCCCGUCGUAUCUACCAGCCAGUCAUCCCCCAGGCAUGAUGCUCCGCCAGAAAUCUAUUGGAGCUGCCGAGGAUGAGAAGCCCUACCUCGCUCCCCCUCCCAUGAAGUUUAGCCGCAGCCUCUCAGUCCCGGGUUCCGAUGACAUCCCCCCACCUCCUACCACCUCCCCACCUGACCCCCCGUACAGCACGCCCCCCUCAGCAUCCGGACGCGCCACGCCCUCAGCUCGCUCCACCUUCAACCCCAGCGCCGAAGCCAAGCUGUAUUCGGCUUCCCUGCACCAGGAAUCGUCGUACGAGCCCCCCUCCCGUGCCAGUGCUCGCGACAAGAUCUCCCUCUACCGCCAAGAAUCUGAGCAGGGGGCCGAGGGGUCCACCGCCCGCGGUUGGCGAGGCCACACCCCUGACCUCCGCUACUACAACCUGCCCCCGCGAGCGACCAACACCGCCAUGUACGUCCCCACCAAGCCCAUGCGCAGGAAGGGACCGCUGGUCAAGCAGACCAAAGUGGAGGACGAACAGCGUCAGCAGCAGGGCGGUGCCGCCGCCUCUCAGAUGCAGGCAUCGUCUACGCAGGCCCCAUCGUCUGCCCCGCCGGAGAAGAGCUCCAUCCCCAUCCCCACCAUCAUAAUCAAAGCUCCCUCGACCAGCAGUAGCGGGCGCAGCAGCCAAGGAAGCAGCAUGGAAGCGGAGAGCCAGCCGGAGCCGGCGGUGCCCGUGCCGUCGCUGCAGCUCCACAACAGUAUGGAUUUCACCAGCCAGUUUGGGGCAGCCUUAGUUGGGGCUGCCCGGCGGGACCGUGAGUGGUACAGCGAGGCUCGCCGCAAGUCGGCUCUCUUCCUCUCCACCGAGCAGCCGGACGACGAGUCCCAGCAGACCCCCAUGCCUCGUCUCCGCCACUCCAAGUCCAUCGACGAAGGCAUGUUCUCCAGUGAGCCAUACAUCCAGCUGAACAUGGUGCCCGGCUUCGGGGGUGCCAGCGUCACCGGGAGCAGCUCCAGUUACCUCCAGUCUCGCGCCGCUAAAGCGUACGGGGCCAGCACCACCAGCGCCUUCACCUCUGUGUGCUCCAGCUUUCUGCCGCAGCUCCAGCCCCAUUCCACUCCUCUCAUUCACCCGCUGACCGGCAAGAUUUUGGAUCCCAGCUCCCCCUUGGGGCUGGCGUUAGUGGCUCGCGAGCGGGCGUUGAAAGAGUCCCAGUCCCAGCAGGAGAGCCGAGAGGAGAGGCACUCGCGUCCCUCCUCGCCACGGUUUGGUGAGGCUCCGAAGACUCCCGGGUCCCCUGGCAGCUCCAUCCUGCGCCUCUGGGGGACUUCGGAGCAGCAGCGGCCUGCCUCGCCCCGGAAAGAGCCAGAGAGCCCCCGGCAUCACUCGCCUGAGCAGCCGCCUCCGACCCCCGCCAAAGCAGCUCCUUGGGAAAAGCGGCCCGAGGAAGGAGAGAAGCUGGAGCUCCACGUGCGUUUCAUGGAGAACUGCCGUCCGACAGAAGAGGAGGAAGAAGCAGCUUAUGAAAGUGGGAAAGUUGAGACGACUGCGCCCCCGCCGCCGCCACCGGAGCGUGUCGCAGAGGAAAACGGGCUCCCUCUGCUCGUGCUGCCCCCUCCUGCCCCUUCCAUCGACGUUGAUGACGAGUUUGUCUUCACCGAGCCGCUCCCGCCGCCCCUCGAGUUCUCCAACAGCUUUGAUAAGCCGGAGUCUCCUCCCAAAGCCACCAAUGAACUGCCCCCAUCAGCGGCCCCUCCGGCUGCUCCCCCUGCUCCCGCCGCCUUAGACUCCACCGCCUCCAGCUUGACAUCCUACGACAGCGAGGUGGCCACCUUGACCCAAGCUGGAACAUCGGAAACCAAGGAAGCCCCCCACGUCAACUUCUCUUCCGUCGUGUCGUCCAUCGCCAUCCCUGCAGCAGAGGCCCCGGAAGCUGUGACCGACUCCGGCAUCGAGGAAGUGGACAGUCGCAGCAGCAGCGACCACCACUUGGAGACCAUCAGCAGCGUCUCCACGCUGUCCAGCAUGUCCGGGGAAGGCACGGAACUCUUGGACACCUACAUCACCUACUUGGACGGGCAGGCAUUUGGAGGGAGCGGCGGGGGAAGCGGCGGCGGGGCGGAGAAGAGCCCGCUGCAAACCAAGCUGCGCUCUCGGCCGUUCCCGGGUCGCUUGCCAGUGGCCACUCCCACCAGCUCCACCAUCUCAGUUUCAGCAUGUACUGAGAACAUGUUCGCUCUCACGCCGGCCCCGCCCUACCACCAGCAGCCAGCCGCCGCCGAGCCAGGCAAGGAGCUGCAGCGGAAGUCUCCGACACUGCCCUGGGAGGAGCCCAAGGCCUCGCCCAUGUCCUCCAUGAAGGCCAGCAUCAUCAGCGAGCUGAGCACCAAGCUGCAACAGAUGGGCGGUGUGUCGUGGUCGCGGCCGCCUGACGCGGUGGCUCCCUUUGGUUCUGAGAGACCCAGCUCCCUGCAGAGGCAAAGGCUCCCCGAUGAGACGUCCCCGUCACUGAUCUCCUCCAAGCCUGUAAGCAGCCUUUUCCACAACUGGCCUAAGUCCCCCCAGGGCAAGCACCCCAAAAGUGUGGAUUUUGACAUCCGCCCGGCCCUGCGGCGCGCCCCGAGCCCAGCCGCCCUGCCCAGUGAGCACAAGAUCAGCCCUGCUCCCCGGCCGUCCUCCCUCCCCAUCCUGCCUUCGGUGCCCAUAUACACAGGCGUCUUUGAUCUCCGCGGCUCGCCCACGUCCGGCGGCGAGCACCCUUUCCCCGGCUUCCCCUCGGGCAGCCGUUCCCUGUCCCCCACCCACUUCCUGCCGCCCGCCACGGACAAGCCGUUCGGCUCCAAGCCGCUGCCUUUCUGGACCAAGUACGACGUGGCCGACUGGCUGGAGUACCUGAAGCUGGGGGAGCACCGGGAUCGGUUCCUGGACAACGAAAUCGACGGUUCCCACCUGCCGUCCCUCACCAAGGAGGAUUUCAUUGACCUGGGCGUGACGCGAGUGGGGCACCGCAUGAACAUCGCCCGAGCCCUCAAGUUCUUUCUGGAGAGGUGA